AUGCCCAAGAAGAAGCCGACGCCCAUCCAGCUGAACCCGACCCCCGAUGGCUCGGCGGUUAACGGGACCAGCUCGGCCGAGACCAACCUGGAGGCCCUGCAGAAGAAGCAGGAGGAGCUGGAUCUUAAGGAGAAGGGAGAGAAGAACCAGAUCUGCCUGCAGCUGAUCGUGGGCUUCUAUGGGGCUUUCUACAGUGACGGCAAGAUCAGCAUCUGCAUGGAACACAUGGAUGGUGGGUCCUUGGAUCAAGUUCUGAAGAAAGCUGGAAGAAUUCCUGAGCAAAUUUUAGGAAAAGUUAGCAUUGCUGUGAGUAUAUUAAAAAGUUUUUCUCUGAAAUAAUGUUGGGAAAAGAAAAANAUUAUGCACAGAGAUGUCAAGCCUUCCAAUAUUCUAGUAAACUCCCGUGGAGAAAUCAAACUCUGUGAUUUUGGGGUCAGCGGGCAACUAAUUGACUCCAUGGCCAACUCCUUUGUAGGCACAAGAUCAUACAUGUCGCCCGAGAGACUCCAGGGGACUCACUACUCCGUGCAGUCGGACAUCUGGAGCAUGGGGCUCUCUCUGGUGGAGAUGGCAGUUGGGAGAUACCCCAUCCCUCCUCCUGAUGCCAAGGAACUGGAGCUGCUGUUUGGAUGCCAGGUGGAGGGAGAUGCAGCCGAAACGCCACCCAGGCCGAGGACCCCUGGGAGGCCCCUUAGCUCAUAUGGAAUGGACAGCCGACCUCCCAUGGCAAUUUUUGAGUUGUUGGAUUAUAUAGUCAAUGAGGUAAGUGCUGCCAGGUUUCCUUACAUUGGGGUUCACGCUUUCAUCAAGAGAUCUGAUGCCGAGGAAGUAGACUUCGCAGGUUGGCUCUGCUCCACCAUUGGGCUUAACCAGCCCAGCACACCAACCCAUGCCGCUAGCAUCUGAGCCUUUGGGAAGCAGCAAAGAGGAAAUCCUCUGCCCAGUGGCAUGCCAUGUUGCUUUCAGGCCUCUCCCAUGCUUGUCUCUGUUCAGACGUGCAUCUCAUCUGUGACAAAGGAUGAAGAACACAGCAUGUGCCAAAUUGUACUUGUGUGUGUCAUUUUUAAUAUCACUGUCUUUAUCACUAUGGUUACUCCCCUAAGUGAUUGGCUUUGUGCUUGGGGCUAUAUGUAUGUUGAUCAAA